GUUACAUGAUGUUUUUUUUAACAAAAAGAAUAUCAAUAACUUGGCAUGUCUAGUCACCACUCACCAAACACUCCAACCAUACAGCAGGUUGGAAAAGAAAGGGAGGAGACGGGGAAAAGAAAGAGGAAAUAAAGAGGAAAGAGCAGAGAUUCUGAAACACGAUAGAAAAGAUUCUUUAACACGGGUCAACGUCAAUUCGCUUCCUUGUUCAAUGCAGUUCUGCCAUUGAUCCCCCGAGAUUACCAUAUAUCACUAAUCAUUGACAUCGGUUUCAGCAAGAGCCAAGAGUCAAAAAUCACGUACACACCCUCCAGAAAGAAAUCCCCCAAAAUGGCGGGAAUCGUGCGGCUGCUCAUAUCUGAUAUAAUCAUGUCGUUCAUGUGGGUGUGGUCAAGCGUCAUAAUCAAGCUAUUUGUCCACAAGGUUUUGGGGUUUGGCCAUCAUGGCUUCCCUGUUGAAGUGUUUAGGUCUUCGCUUUCCGUUCUCAACAUGUUCUUCUUUGCUUAUCUUGCUAAGCUCACCAAUGGCGGAGCCUAUAAUCCCCUCACUGUCUUGUCCUCCGCCAUCUCUGGAAAUUUCGCAACCUUCCUCUUCACUGUUGGUUCAAGAAUCCCCUUUCAGGUGUUGGGAGCGAUAAGUGGGGUGAGGCUUAUCCUCAGUAUCUUUCCGGAAAUAGGGCGUGGGCCCCGACUGAAUGUUAGUCUAUUUGAAGGUGCAUUGACCGAAGGGUUGUUGACAUUCACAAUUGUCCUCAUUUCACAUGGAGUUUCUACCAAAUUACCCGGAAGUUUCUUGAGGAAAACAUGGAUCAGUAGUGUCUCAAAACUUGCUCUUCAUAUACUCGGAUCAGAUCUAACUGGUGGUGCUAUGAACCCAGCUUCUGUAAUGGGGUGGGCUUAUGCGCGUGGUGAUCAUAUAACAAAAGAGCAUUUAGUUGUUUACUGGUUUGCCCCUAUGGUAGCAACCCUAUUAGCAGCAUGGACAUUUAGGCAUCUUAAGGAGCACAUCACAUCUUGUUUGUAA